ACAGUGAUGAAUCCAAAUGUAAUCCGGUAAAACUGGCGCCAAAAAGAAGUGGUCAUCGUGCCUUGUUUUGUUGCCGCUAUAAUUCGCUCACCUCGCACAUUAUUUCAUAACCACUGUCAUGCUUAUAUUUACCAACUAUGACGUUGCUGGAGGUGUCAGGGGCAGUGGUUCUAGCCCUUCUGGGCAAAUUCAGCUUAUUUUGGGGCCGAUGUUCUCCGGGAAAACAACCGAACUUAUGCGGCGAAUGAAGAGAUACCAACUUGCGAACCACAAUUGUGUGUUAGUAAAGUAUGCAAGAGACUGCCGAUACGAUAACGAAAAUAUAUGCACACAUGACAGACAAGCUAUGCCUGCAGUAAAAUCCACAAGUUUAAGAGACACAGCGUUUAACACAGAUGAAGUGAGGGUGUUUGGUAUUGACGAAGGGCAGUUUUUCCCAGAUGUUGUUGAAUUUGCAGAAGAGAUGGCACAACUGGGCAAAGUUGUCAUCAUAGCUGCACUAGAUGGAACAUACCAGAGGAAGGGUUUCACAAACAUUUUGGAGCUUGUACCUUUGUCUGAAAGCAUUAUUAAGCUGACUGCAGUCUGCAUGAUCUGCUAUUCUGAUGCUGCCUACACCAAACGACUGGGUUAUGAAACUGAGGUUGAAGUGAUCGGUGGUGCAGAUAAGUACAUGGCUGUCUGUCGAAAAUGCUAUUUCAAGAAGGACACUGUUGGAAAUAGUCCAGACUCAUCCUCUACAAGGCCCACAGCAUGUUAAUCGUUGACUACUCUGUUAUAAUGAGCCCCAUUUUAAAAUUCAUGCACUCCUCUUUUGUCAGUAGUGCAGUAACUGCCAGCUGCGGUAUGCAUUACAAUAUUUGCUACCUCACAUUUGCGUCUUAUCACCACAAUUAAUCUGGCUUUUUAUGGAUCUUGUAUGUGUGUGCACACUGUAAUACUUGGGCUGGUUGUAAAUAAAAAGUGCAUGUCUUGAAACUAA